CAAAAAAAAUAUAUAUAUAUAAUGAAUAUAAAAAAAAAUCGAACCCAGGCCUAAUUCCGUCCCUCUCUCACGCCCACAGACCCACAGAUCCAGCAAUACGGCGAAGUGAACCAGCUGGGCGGCGUCUUCGUGAAUGGGCGCCCUCUGCCCAACCACGUGCGCAUGCGUAUCGUGGAGCUGGCGCAGCUGGGCAUCCGACCCUGCGAUAUUUCGAGACAGCUGAGGGUCUCCCACGGAUGCGUCUCCAAGAUCCUGGCCAGAUACAACGAAACGGGUUCCAUCCUCCCAGGCGCCAUCGGGGGCUCCAAACCCAGGGUCACGACGCCCAAGGUCGUCAACUACAUCAAGGACCUGAAGCAGAAGGACCCAGGUAUCUUCGCGUGGGAGAUCAGGGAGAGGCUCCUGAAGGACGGCGUGUGCGACAAAUACAAUGUGCCGAGUGUCAGUUCUAUUUCCAGGAUCCUAAGGAACAAGAUCGGGUCGCUGCACCACCUCGGGUCGCAGAGCCCCUACGACGUCAAGCACCCCGCCUCCUCGCUCUACAACUCGCUCUACCCGGCGGCCGCAGCCUACACCGCCGCCGCCGCAGCCUACUCCUCGAUGGCGCCGCCCGCGGCCAUGCAGCAGGGCUCCGCGCAGGUCCCGUCGGCGCCCGUUCCGCCCACGAGCGCCGCCGCCUCCGGCGCAGGCGGCGUGAAGGCGGCCACCACGCCCUCGCCGCCGGUGUCGGGCGCCACGUGCGGCAUGGGCGGCAUGCGGCCCCACUGGCCGUCGUCGCACACGGUGUCCGACCUGCUGGGCCACGUGAACAUGGCCGCCGCCGGCCUGCCGCGCCACCACCCGAUGCAGGACGCCAACAGCUACAACUACUACAUGUACUUCCAGUCGUGCGGGCCGCAGAACAACUCGCUGGCGCACAACGGCCUGCCCAACCACCUGUCCUCGACGCUCGCCAACGGCUUCUCCAGCCCGCUCGCCAACCCGCUCUCCAACGGCCUCCCCAACGGCCUCUCCAGCGGCCUGGCCAACGGCCUCUCCAACGGCCUCUCCAACGGCCUCCAGAACGGCUUCGGCAACCCGCUCAGCUCCAUGAUGAGCGGCUCGGCACUCACGCCGCAGACCGCCACGCUCUAA